AUGUUGCGUGACUGGCUGCUGGUCGUAACCUGGGUGCUGCUGCUGGUGACAACAGUCUUUGCCAUGGGGUGUCCCAAGAUCAAAGUGGCAACAUGCAAGGACUGCAUCCAGUCUGGUCCUGACUGUGCCUGGUGCAAGAAUCCGAGUUUCACCAAAGCUGGUGAGCCAGACUCCGUCCGCUGUGACACCAUCGAGCAGCUGCAGCAGAGGGGAUGCCCACGCAAUGAGAUUGAGUUUCCAGUCAGCAUCAUUACAAGAACACAGGACAGUCCCUUAAGCAAUGAGAUACAGCUGAGUCCUCAGAAGGUGCACCUGAAAUUGAGAAUAGGCCAGCCUGCUGAAUUUGAGGUGAAGUUUCGCCGUGCUGUGGGAUACCCCAUUGAUCUCUACUACCUGAUGGACCUCUCUUACUCUAUGCUGGAUGACCUGGAGAAGGUGAAGAAGCUGGGAGGGGAGCUGCUAAGAGCACUAGAGAGUACCACCCCUUCUCGUCGCAUAGGGUUUGGCUCCUUCGUGGACAAGACAGUUCUGCCCUUUGUGAACACACACCCCGAGAAGCUGCAGAACCCCUGCCCCAACAAGGACGAGCAGUGCCAGCCUCCGUUCGCCUUCAAGCACAUCCUCUCACUGACCGACAAUGCCAAGAAGUUUGAGAGUGAAGUGGGGAAGCAGUUCAUCUCAGGGAACCUUGACGCCCCAGAGGGGGGACUGGAUGCCAUGAUGCAGGCUGCAGUGUGUGGGGACUUGAUCGGCUGGCGCAACGUGACUCGCUUGCUGGUGUAUGCUACCGAUGAUGGCUUCCAUUUUGCUGGCGAUGGCAAGCUUGGGGGCAUCCUAACACCCAACGAUGGCCAGUGUCACUUGGAGGACAACAUGUACAAAAAAAGCAAUGAGUUUGACUACCCAUCUGUUGGCCAGUUGGUCCAGAAACUUACUGAAAACAACAUUCAGCCCAUUUUUGCUGUCACCAGUAAAGUAGUGGAUGUUUACAAGAAACUCAGUGAGAUGAUCCCAAAGUCAGCAGUGGGAGAGCUGGAUGAGGACUCCAGCAACAUCAUUGAUCUCAUCAAGGAGGCCUACAAGAACCUCUCUUCCCGGAUCAUCCUGGACCACUCCACCCUGCCGGACACCCUGGGUAUUAAAUACGACUCCAUGUGCAAUGACGCUGUCAACUUGGACAAAGAGAGAGGGCAGUGCGACAAUGUCAAGAUCAAUGAAGAGAUCACUUUCAAGGUGAAAGUCACAGCCAAGGAGUGCAUCACAAGCCAGUCCUUCACCAUUCGGCCGCUGGGCUUCACAGACACUCUCACUGUUCACCUGGACAACAACUGCAAUUGCAACUGCAAUGAGCAGCCAGACCCAACCACCUGCAAUGGGAAAGGCAGGAUUGUCUGUGGGAUAUGUAGCUGCAAUUCUGGCUAUACAGGGAAGAACUGUGAGUGUGAUACCAAAGGCAAGACAAGCAAGGAGCUGGAGAGCAGCUGCCGGAAGGACAACAACUCAAUGAUCUGCUCGGGGCUGGGGGACUGUGUGUGUGGUCAGUGCAUCUGUCACACCAGCAACACGCCCAACAAGCAGAUCUAUGGCACCUUCUGCGAGUGUAACAACAUGAACUGCGAGUUUCACAAUGGCUUCCCCUGUGGUGGCAGAGAACGUGGGACAUGUGACUGCGGGGAGUGCAAGUGUGAACCUGGGUACCAAGGCAGUGCCUGCCAGUGCGAGAAGUCAACAGAUGGCUGCUUGAAUGAGCGUGGGAACGAGUGCAGCCACCGUGGGACCUGCCAUUGCAACCGCUGCCAGUGCCAGGAGGGAUACCAGCCCCUCUUCUGCGAGGACUGCCCCACCUGCCCCUCGCCCUGUGGAAGAUAUUUCCCCUGUGUAGAGUGCAAGGCCUUCCUGAGCGGCCCCUUUGAGAAGAACUGCUCCCAGGCCUGCCCCAAGAUACAGGUGGUCAAGGAGUUAAAGGGGGUGAGUAGGCAGUGUAGGGAGAAGGACUCCCAGAACUGCUGGAUCUCCUUCCAUAUGGUCCAGGAGGAUGGCGACGAGAUAUACACUGUCACCGUUGAUCCUGAUAAAGAGUGCCCGGAGCCUCCUAACAUUGCAUUGAUCGUGGGCAGCAGCAUUGCUGGAGUGGCCCUCAUCGGCCUGGUGCUCCUGCUGAUCUGGCGGCUCUUGACAGAGCUGUUUGACCGCCGGGAAUUCCGACGGUUUGAGAAGGAGAAAUCCAAGGCCAAGUGGAACGAUGCUGAUAACCCCCUCUUCAAGAGUGCUACCACCACUGUUGUAAACCCCAGAUUCAAUGAAUAA